GCAUACCCGCUGCUGUCUGGAGCGUCAAAUUGUUCUCCACUGUCAAAUAUCGAUCAUGGAAUUGCACUAAAGUACGGUGUAAGAUUUUUUUUUAAGUUAGAGUAACCGCACACUACUACCAGAAUAAGAAAUAAAAAAAACAAAAACAAAAACAAAAAAAAAAACUGUGCGUGCUGAGAUGAGUUGCAACAACAGUUCAGAAUAUGGGCGAUUCGAAAAUCCAAGAUGCGAGAACAGAGAGGGGGAGAAACGCUUUGCAUUUAUCAAAGUUGGCGUUUUGGGGUUUGUCUUUGUGUUGGCCGCCUGCGGAAAUGCGUUUUUGUUAUACGCACUGUGGAGGAAACGCAAAAGAAACACGAGGACGCAACUGUUCCUUCUGCAUCUCUGCUUGGCUGAUCUUGUGGUCGCGUUCUUUCAAGUCCUGCCGCAGCUGUCGAUGGAAAUCACGCACCGUUUUAAAGCCUCUGACUUCGUGUGCAGAGCGGUGAAAUACCUUCAAGUCGUCGGAAUGUUUGCUUCAACUUACAUGAUAGUUGCCAUGACCGUAGACCGCUACAACGCCGUCUGCAGACCCAUGGUGUCUUUCUUAACAGGUUCUUUUCGCAGAUAUGUCGCGAUCGGGGCAUCCUGGCUGGUGUCUCUUCUGUUCAGCACCCCGCAGCUGUUCAUUUUUUCUUUGCAAGAAGUUGAGAGACACGUGUACGACUGCUGGGCGACUUUCAUAGAACCCUGGGGGAGCAAAGCAUAUAUUACCUGGAUUACUUUAUCGGUCUUCGUUUUUCCAGCCGUGAUUCUUCUUUACUGCCAAAUAAAGAUUUGUUUGGAGAUUUAUUUGAAUAUGAAAAGAAAGACAUUGCAGUCUGACAAAACAGAAGGGCGGGCGAAGGGUAUAUCAAGUGCCAUGAUGAAAACGGUUAAAAUGACGUUUGUCAUCAUUCUUCUGUACACCAUAUGCUGGAGUCCAUUUUUUGUCGUCCAACUGUGGUCCGUGUGGAGCCCCAGUACCGCGCCAACUGACGGUCCAGCGUUCAUUACAAUCAUGCUGCUGGCCAGUCUCAACAGCUGCACAAAUCCCUGGAUUUACCUAUACUACAGCAGAGCCAACUGAGGAGACGGGCGCGUCAAACACGCCUGCACCGCCAGAAAAGCGUCAGCUAUAUGCCAAAACACUGGUGAUGGCUCCAGCACACAACUUUUUAUUUAUUUAUUUAUUUAUUUAUUUAUUUAUUUAACUUAAUUUAUACAAGGUAGGUACAUAAUACCAAAUUUAUAUACAACUGGUUUGCCUAUGUCUAUGUAUUUCAGGCGCUUUUGAAGUCAUAAAGACCAUAUAGCAGAGAUUUGAGCCUGCAAGUUACAAGUCCUAUUCCGUUACUGCCACACCACAGUGCUGUAAUGACGAAACGAAUGGCAAAACUUCUGUAAAUUUGCUUAAUGUUGUUUGAUGUAUGCUACUGUAACAUGCAUCAAGAUAAGGUGCAUGGCUUAAGCUGGUAAAGUCGUCAAGUAGUGCAUUAUUUCAGCACUGUCCAAAAGUCCAGUAUAUCCUGUGCAGUAUAAGUCAAAUAAUGUUAGAGUUGGACAUCUGUCUGGCUCCAAAAUCCAAGUCCCUGACUGAAGGCGUAAUUAUUUUAAGCAGGUAGAUGUUGCUCUGGUGUAUCGCCAUGUUUGUUUUUGUACAAUCACAAAAAAGUGUUAAAAUUCAUUUAUCAGGACUAAAAUAUAUAUAUUUAUAUAGUGUAUUAUUAUGUGAUGUUACUCUUUGUGGCAAUGUUUGUGGAUCAUUAAAAAAUGAAGCACUUGCCCUCUGUCUGUUGCCUGCUGCUAAUAUCAAUAGUCCUCCGUAUAUAUCAGAAGUCCACUCUACAAUAAUCCAAACAAAUAUUUUAUUUCUUGUUCAUUAAAUAAGAGUUAGAAUUGAUUUCAAAAUCUUACUCAUCAACUUCAAAGCACUGCACGGUCUGGCUCCACCUUAUAUUACAGAAUUACUGACAUCAUACAUCCCCGAAGGGUACUUACAAUAGAUCAGCUCAAACCCAGAUCUUUUUCUGUUUCUCCAAUACAGAGCACAUCCAAUCUUUGGGCACAUCCCUUUAACUAUUAGAGCCUGUUUUGCAUUUUUUUUUUAAACUUUUGAAAACUCAUUUGUUUAAAGUGGCAUUUCUGUAAUUGCUUUUGCCUUCUGCUGUUGGUUUUACCAUCUGCUUUUGUACUUGAUGGCUUUAAUAUUAUAUUUAUUGUAAUUGUUUAGCCGUUUUAAAUGUUUUAUCUUUGUAACAUCUGUUUGAAAAAGAGCCGUAUAAAUAAAGAUUUAUCAUUGAUAUUAUUAUUAUUACUAUAUCAUGCAAUGUCAAUACAAUAUUUCAUUUAAGACAUGGUUACAUUUAUGCACACCCAUUGACAUCAGCAAAUUCAGGUCAUUUGCACAGUACAUUUUCUUUUCUGGCUGUAAUUUACUGUGGAAGGUCACAUUGGAAUGACUAUUAUGUACGUAACAGAACAAAUGAAUGAAUGUAUUUAAUAUAUUUCAGGCGUGAAUUAAACUAAGUUAUUAAUUAAUACCUCUGGCUAGAAUGAGCCCACCCACUUAGACUAUUCAUUUUUUUUUCCUCACCAGUGUUUGGAUUUUUUCCCAUAUGAUUUUAUUUAUUUAUUUAUUUUUGUACCUACCUGCUGUUAUUUUGGGCACUUCAGGCUUGGUCAUUUCCAGUUUUCACAUUCCCCU